GGUUCAUACAUAAACAUGCCUUGGCCAAGGAAUCUGCAGAUCCAUUGUGGCUUCUUGAAACAAAAGAAAAUGAGACAGAAAGGAAAUCGGAAGAAACGAACGAAUCGACAUCGGAUAAAAUACCGUAGAGCUCUAUCGAUUCGAAUUGAUGGCUUUGAUAAGCCCUUGAGAAUCUGAGCGAAGCCAGAUGCGUUUGUAGGAUUGAGCCGAUGCAUGCCGGAGCGCUUUUCUAAUCGCCAGUGCCUCCGCCAUGAGAGGAGAAGCAACCGCGCUUUGAAGGGAGGAGCCUCGAGACAACUCAAUUGAGUCAGAGGUGGAGUAGAUCCAGGCGAGACCCGCAACUUCUUGCUAUUUGUUCCACGCGGUAUGGCACACGAUAGUAUCGGUCGUCGGAGCUGGGAGGGAUGGGUUUAGUGUUGAUGGUUUAGGGUUUUGGAUUCGAAGAUCAGUUGAUUCCUGCUCAGCCAGAGACCCCAACAGAUCCAGGGGAGGAUGUUGGAGGUGAUACCCACUGGUAGUAGGUUGACUUGGCGGGAGGAGGUUUGAAGUUGUUGUGUCAGGGUUUUGGAUUCGAAGAUCAGUUAAAUAUUGUGAUCGGAAGAGAGAGUAACAAAGAUCUUGGAGUAACGCAUAUAUCUCAAGUUCUCAACCAACGAUGAUCCAGGAGCCUAAAACAAUUUCUCCUCCUCCUAUUGAUGUUGCAAAUACAGACACUCCCUCAAAGUUAUUAUCACAGAAUGUAGCCCCUCAACGUGUGUAUGCUAAUAUUUUGAUGGAAGACGAAAAAGUGGCAACUUUAGGCUUGCCUGAUCAGCUCCCGUCACCUCAAGGACUGUUCCAGUCAACUCUGUCCCCGUUCUUUUCUAUUAGCCAGCUGUCAGCAGCGCUUCCCAACAUUGGAGAUCAUGUGGUUAUCAAUCAGAAAUUAAGCGGAUUUGCUACGCACUUUCCAUUUCAGAGAGUGGCAUCACUUGCCAUGGAUAGAGCGAUCAAAGAGAUUGUGUCUGGUAUUGUUCAGAGAAGUGUUUGCAUUGCUUGCCAAACAACAAAAGAGCUUGUGCUGAAGGAUUAUGCCUUGGAACCAGAUGAGGCACGUAUAUAUAGUGCAGCUCACAUGAUGGUAGCGAGUUUAGCUGGGAAUUUUGCUCAUGUGACGUGCAAGGAACCCCUGCGCACGUCAAUAUCAGGUCAUCUGCGGAAUUCGCUCCAGGGUCUGAAUAUUAAAAAUGAAGCUCUUGAACAAAUUGUGCAAGUUGUGACUAAUGACAACCUUGAUAUGGGUUGUGCCGCCAUUGAGCAGGCGGCUACAGGGAAGGCACUACAAACUAUCGACGCGGACAUUGCCCAGCAAUUGUUGUUACGGAGAGAUGGGGCUGGAUCCUCCCUAUCGCAGAAUUCUGUCAGUUUUAUACCAGAGUCCCUCCGCCGCAAACCGGGACAGCUGUCCCUGUCUCUACAGCGAGUUUAUGAGGAAUUUUUUCAACUUCCUUGGCAAAAGCAGUCAACCCACACUUCACACGGUUUAUCUGGUGAGGUUGGGCUUGGUAGUGGUUAUGGUCCAGUAUGAGGAAAAAGUGCUUCGGACUCUUUGUCUGGUGCUGAAAUUGCUCCGAUUGAUAUGGUCUCCCCGGCAUCAGAUCUUUCUGUGGAGGGUUUUGAAUUCCAGUUUCACUUUUAAGGUGCUUUAGGUGAUGAUUGUUUUGUUAGAUUUUAGGUUUUAUUUUUUGGUAUUGUUUUUUGGUUUUUGAUUUUGCAUUAGAUUUUGGUUUUUUGAAAAAUUUAUUGGUGGUUUUACAUUUUUGUUUUUAGUUUCUGAUUUUUGCUUUUAAAAAUAAUAAAAUUUAAAAU